AUGUUAGAAGCGCUCAAGACUCUUUCAGACUUUUUUGUGGAAAACAGCUUGCGUACCAGAAGAAAUCUGCGCGGGGAUAUUGAACAUCGUAGUUUAGCUAUCAAUGAAGAAUUUGUCUACAUUUUCAAACAAGUGAAAGAGGAGCUUGAAAACAUCAGUGAAGAUGUGCAAUUAAUGAGCAAUUGCUGCCAGGAUAUGACUAAUCACUUGAAGGCAACUAAGGAGCAAACUCAGGAUUUGAUUGUCAAAACAACAAAACUUCAAGCAGAGAGCCAAAGGUUAGAAUUAAAAGCACAAAUAGCAGAUGCUUUCAUAGCAGAAUUCCAACUUUCUCCAGAGGAGAUGAACGUCCUUCGAUGCACCAGAGAUGGGACAGUUACUGAAAAUUUCUUUAAAGUAUUGAGACGAAUAAAGCAAAUUCACAAUGAUGUCAAGAUUCUUCUGCGCACCAGUCAACAAAGAUCAGGGCUGGAGAUUAUGGAACAGAUGGCACUCCUCCAGGAGACUUCUUAUGAACAGCUGUAUCGUUGGGCCCAAGGUGAAUGCAGGGCUUUAACACAAGAAACCUGUGAUGUUUCUCCAGUUCUAGCUCAGGCAAUGGAAGCUUUGCAAGACAGGCCUGUUCUCUAUAAAUAUACUCUUGAUGAGUUUGGAACAGCCAGAAGAAGUACUGUGGUCCGGGGCUUUAUAGAUGCUCUUACUAGAGGAGGUCCAGGAGGAACACCUCGACCUAUUGAAAUGCAUUCACACGAUCCUUUGAGGUCCUGUCUUGUGUGCUGGAUCCUCUGUUGCAGAUGUGUACUAUGUCUGCCAGUAACUUGGGGUCUGCUGACAUGGCAACCUUCAUGGUGAAUUCACUUCAUAUGAUGAAGACAAUGCUGGCUCUGUUUGAAUUCACAGAUAAAAGGCUAGAAAUGUUACAAUAUCAGACAACAGAUAAUAAAACAGUCCACAGAAUUGAUCUGCCGAGCUUACACUGAACUGUAUGCAGCUGUGAUGAAUCCUGAUAAUGCUUAUAAAGAUCCGGAAACUAUAUUAUAUAGAUCUCCUCAUCAGGUUCAGUCGCUUCUCUCCUAAUCUUAUCGCCCAAAACCUGCCUUUUAAUACACCGACUGCAUUACAUGAGAACGGACAUUGUGCAACUUUGAAACGGGCAAGGACAACUUGAGUUUUUUUCUUGAAAAAGACUGUUUCUUGGGUUGCAAUUAUACAUGUAACUUAGCUGAAACCUCACUGACUUUUUUGGGCUGUGUGUGUUAAAUUGUGUUGCUGGACGGCAGCUUUGCUGCACGCUGGCAUUUAAAGUAAUUUAUUACAACUUGGGAAAGCUUUGUCAUAAUUCAGAUUACUCUUUAUUGUGAUGAUAAAAUAAAUGGUGGAACCAAAGCAUUUUCUUA